CCCGCGCGUUGGUUGGGUGGUAGACCGCAAGACUCUGACUCUGACCGCUUCUUAACGCCGCCCUACCGCCCUCAUCGUAAUACGCACUGUGUACCCUACAGUACGUUCCGCCAGCUGCGAGACAAACCUCGUUUCGUCCAGAACCCUACCGCGACAGCUGUCACAGUAUCGCCGUGCCCUAAAUACAGUCUCAUAAGAUGGUGGUAGCCGCAGACCCUUCAGUCCUGCGAGGUGUGCCGGAGUUCUUUGAGAAUGAAGUCGCAGAAAGCUUAGCCGCUCGGACAGAGUCGCUAGCGACCUUUCGCGAGCUGGGUCCUCCGGAUCUAUGCCAUAUCAUCAAGACGAAUCCAAAGACGCAGGUGAAAGAUAUUGGAUCCUAUCACUAUGUACUUGGGACAGAUGCAAGCUCGUCAGCAACGCUCGCCGCGUAUCUGAAUUCGCUCACGUAUUCGAUGGGAUCUGUUGGGGGAAAGCCAAACACAUGGAAGAUUCGUUCCGGCACAUAUUGCUGCUACAAUGCCUUCUCCCGUGUGGACGUACGAGUUGAAGUCCGGAUUCCGGGAGGAGUUGAUGCAUAUGCGAUCGACGUGCGCGGGGACAGGCACUCCAUCGACAACGCCGCGAUGUGGCAAGAAACGCACGUGUCAGCUGUCUUGCGUGCGAUCUUAGAUGACAAUGACGAAGCGGAUGGGAAUGAUGGCGAACCAAUUUUGGGGUUGCGGAAGUUUGAUGCGCUGCCGACACUAGCUGCCGAGAAGAGGUUUCUGGAAGCCGCUUCUGGAGAGUUUUGGAAAGGCUGGCAGCUCGGCACCGACCCUGAAGUUCAGAACGCAACAUUUUGGAGCAAUCACCUCACCAAUGGCGUGUCGGAUUACUUCAAGGAGGCAGGGAGGACGGGUGAAGGGGCAAAGUUCUUUCAGCCGUUGUAUGAGAAGGAUGCGGAAGUGGGGGCUGUUCUAGCGCGGUCGUACCUUGACACAGACGAGGAGAUUCAUGCAGUAGAAGUGCUGCACAAAGCUCUGAAACGACACCCAACCUCACACGGCCUGUUACUGGUUCAGACCGACUUCCUCAGGAAAAAGAAAAAGCUCGACAUGGCUUUGAAACUUGCCAAGCUCGGUGUAACUUACGCGCCAACAGAGUUUGCGCCGUGGCACAAACUCACAGAGGUUUAUAUCGAUAUGGGAGAUUUUCAAUCGGCCCUUUUAUCAUUGAAUGCCUGCCCGAUGUUUUCAUAUUGCGAGAAAGACGCACACCGCAUGCCGGCGCCUGCCAGGACGCAUCUGCCUCUCAAACCCGAUCCAUCAACCCUGAAGGCGAACGAAGACCCGAAGAACGCUCCCGUAGGCAACGGCACCAUCUACGAUGAGAAUGACCCUCGGGAAGACGAGAUCCAUCCCGAAUUAAAACGGCUAUCGUACCUAUCACUCCGAGGAACGUUCAGCAAAGCAUAUUCCCUGCUGGUCCGCAUCGCCUCCAACGUCGGAUGGGACGAGCUGCUCCGGCACCGGUCAGAGGUAUUCGUCAUGGAAGAGGAAUACAGGAUACAUCGUGCCCUGCAAGAAGAGCAGGACAAGACGACGGACUUGGAACGGACAGAAGGAGGAGGACAAGCGGCGGACAGUCCGUCAGUGAAUCAUGAGAACGGGACCAAGGAGAAAGACCACGCGCAGGAUGAAAUAGAAAGUGAUGGGCAGAUGGAGGCUGUGGAUUUGGAAAACGAGGCGGGGCCAGAAGGGGAGCCUGCGAAGCCCACUGAGGCCGCGGAGAAGCCCGUGGUACCGGAAGGCGAUAAGAAGAAACGGUUGAGCAUUGAUGAGUUGAUGCGUAAGGCCGGUGGGGACAGCCAUAAUGAGUCUACGAAGAAUGAUAGCCCUGGCGUGGUGCCGAACCCACGAGGCCCACGGCGGAGUGUGUCCUUCGGAUUUAAGAAUAAGAGGCUAUGCGAGAAAUGGCUGGACAACCAAUUCCUGAUCUUGUAUCAGGACAUUCGAUUGUACUCGCUGCUGAAGCAGGAAAUGGCACAGUUCAAAAACCAAACAGGCAACGCCCUGAUAUACCGCAAAACAGGCGCAGAAUGGGAGGUGUACGGCGACCUUGCAUUGCGGUUAGAGCAUCCAGACGACGCAAAAGAAGCCUACAAGCUUUGCCUCAGCCAAAAGUUCUCGAUAAAAUCAUGGCUGCGGCUGCUCGACAUGUAUGCGGAGGAAGGCAACAUCACCGAGACGCUCAAGGCCGUGGCGAAGCUGGUUGCGGUGCUUGAUCGGGCGUUUGUUGAGACUACGUAUCCAGGACCUAUUGCACGGAAUCUGUUCAAACUGAUCGGCAAACACGGUCUUGCGAAAGUGCAGAACGCUCUGAUAUCGAUGAACUUGCCGCAACAGGAGUAUCGGUUGAUCACACGGUACUUUGAAUAUGCUGAGCUGUUCAGUGUGGUCGGAUCGAAGUGGUAGUUUCGCAUGCUCGGGCAUUAUCCCGCGACAUACAAAAGUUUGACGGUUGUGUGCGUGUGCUAUUGUAUUUAGCGAGGGACUGGAAUCCUCUGUUCAUUAUCAAAUGCGCAUGGACUUCGAAGCAGCGAUCCCACACGACAUGUAAAGAUGUAGAUAUGGGAUCACAGAAAAUGUUAUACAUACAACAAAAUUGUUUGCUCGCCCGUGUACAGAAAAACGUGGCAAAUGCAGAAAAGUGCGCUAGAAUGACUCGUGUGUGAAUACACGGACCCCGUUCUCCGACCAACAUCAGGGCUUCAGUUUGGUUUCCCCAUCCCGACGAGAAAGUAUAACUUAUGACUAGGGGGAGAAAAACUUUGGUGGAGUUGGGGAUACUUUGGUGAUUUUUCGGCGGAUU